AUGAAUAUGAAUUUGAAAGCUGAUCCUUGCGAAGAUUUCUACGAAUUUGCCUGUGGAAAUUAUGAGAAGAAUCAUGAAGUUCCAAUUGGCGAAUGGCAAACUUCAAUGAUCGAUGAAAUGAGGAGAAAUGUUGAGAAAUGGUUGGAAAAUUAUUUGGAAAGUUGGAUGCAUGAAGAUCUCAAUUAUCCAUAUGAAUUAGUGAUUAAUUAUACAAGAUCUUGUAUUAAUGAAAAACGAAAAGCUGCGAAAAAUCAUAAAGAUUUGAAGGAAAUUAUUGAUUUGAAAUUUGGAAGAUGGCAUCUUCUUGACAACAAAACUUUUAACAAUGAAUUCAACAACAAUUGGGAAAUUUUAGCGGGAAAUUUAUCACUUUUUGGGAUUCACACUUUCAUCAAACCUGUAGUUGCAUUAAAUCCGAAUAAUAUUUAUCGAAUGGUUUUGGGGAUUUCAACUAACUUGAAAACUGUUGAUGAUGAUGAAACUGAAGAGGAGCGAGAAAUGAAAAGGGAAAUUCGAUUUUAUUUUAUUCGAGAUGUUUUUGAGAUGAUUGGAAUUGAUGUGAAUGAUACGAAAGUUAUUGAUGAUUUAGUGGAUUUUGACAGAAAUGUGACUGAUGUGAGUAGUUACGAAUUUUGACAACGUCUUUGAGCUUUAAAAUCAGAAAAAUCCAUCCGAAAAAGCAAAAAAAAAAAAACAGUUUGUAUGCGGGAUCGAACCCGCCACCCUCAGAUUCAAAAUCCAGCGCUUUACCACUUAACUAUUCGUCUUUUUAUUUGCAGACCACAAAAUGGUCAAUAAAUAAUUUGCAGGCACAAAAGACAUUUGGGACUGCUUAUUUUUUUUUUGAAUGAGAAAUUUCACCUUUCUAGGGGGUUUACUAAGCCUAAGCCUAAUGAAAAAAUUGAAAUUUUAAUUUUUCAACAUUUUUUUUUCUGAAAAAAUGUACUGUUUCAAAAAAACACAUGUUUUUGAAAAAAAUGGAAAACUGCUAGUAUAUGUAGUGUCAGUUGAUUUUAUUUUUCAGCAAAAAAAACAUUUUUUCAAAAAUUUUCAGCUUCUCUCCUACACAUCUGGAAAUUACACGAAUGAGGGAUUUCAGACAAGUUUUGGAGAAUUUAAAGAACUAUACCCAAACAUCAAUUUUGACGCAUAUUUUGUGACAGGUUUGAACAAAUCAAUCCCAAAUUUUCUUCUGGAUAACACGACGAUUCAAAAUAUCAAUCCAGAUUUUUUCAAGAAAUUUGAUGAGUUUAUAAGUGGCAGUGCAAAUGAGACAAUUAAAAAUUAUUUGAUGUGGAAACUUGUGGAAAAAUCAUUGGAAUAUAUGUCUGUUGAAUAUCGAUAUUCAUUGAGUUUGUAUUUAACAUCAAUAAAUGAGCAAAGUGAUUGGCUGAAAAUGGAUUUUAAGUCUUGCGCAGAACAAGCGCUGAAAAUGUUUCCAAUUCCAGUCGGAAGAGAAUAUAUCAAAAAACAUUAUACAAAAAACGACACCAUGGAAAUUGAGAAGAUUUUCGGGAAUUUGAAGAAAGUUAUGAUUGAUAAGAUCAAGAAUUCGACAUGGAUGCAAAGAAAAUCGAAAGAGGGAGCAAUUGCAAAAAUUGAGAAAAUGACAGCUUAUAUUGGAUAUCCUUAUUUAUUUGAUUAUGAGUUGGAAGUGGAGAAACCUUAUGGGAAAAAGAAUCUGAAUCCGAAUGCGUUUUUGAAAAACUUUUUGAAGAUUAGCAAGAUUAAUCAGAAGUGAGUUAGUUUUCCGCAGCUAAAAAUUUGAAUUUCUUUGAAAAAUGCGGGAUGUGCAGUAGAGCGCACUUGCCAUUUUUCGACAAAAAUUUCAAGAAAUGGUGCAAAAUGCUGGAAAUUUUGCGCUGAUUCCGAAUUUACCUAACCUAAAAAUUCUCGCAGGCACCCGGGAUUGAUCCUACACAGCUAAAAAUUUGAAUUUUCUAGAUAAGCGCUGAAUUUGCAAUAGAGCGCACUUGCCAUUUUUAAACAAAAAAUUCAAGAAAUAGUGCAAAAUGGUGGAAAAAACUCGCAGGCACCCGGGAUUGAUCCUACACAGCUAAAAAUUUGAAUUUCUUCAAAAAAUGCAGGAUUCUCAAUAGAGCGCACUUGCCAUUUUUCAACAAAAAUUUCAAUAAAUAGUGCAUAAUGCUGGAAAUCUUACGCUAAUUCCGAAUUUACCAUGAUCAAAAAAAUUCUCCACAGGCACCCGGGAUCGAUCCUACACAGCUAAAAAUUUGAAUUUGCUAGAAAAACGCAGGAUUCUCAGUAGAGCGCACUUGCCAUUUUUUAACAAAAAUUUCAAGAUUUCGCUUUGAAAAGUAGUGCCAAAUGCUGGAAAUCUUGUGCUGAUUCCGAAUUUACCUAACCUAAAAAUUUUCCGGAGGCACCCAUAGCUAAAAAUUUGAAUUUCUUUACAAAUUGCGGAAUGUGCAGUAGAGCGCACUUGCCAUUUUUCGACAAAAAAUUCAAGAAAUAGUGCGAAAUGGUGGAAAAAACUCUCGCAGGCACCCGGGAUCGAUCCUACACAGCUAAAAAUUUGAAUUUCUUUACAAAAUGCGGAAUGUGCAGUAGAGCGCACUUGCAAUUUUUCGACAAAAAUUUCAAGAAAUAGUGCAAAAUGCUGGAAAAAAAAAAAAAAACUCUCACAGGCACCCGGGUUUGAUCCUAUAUAGCUAAAAAUUUGAAUUUGCUAGAAAAACGCGAUAUUUGCAUUAGAGCGCACUUGCAAUUUUUCAACAAAAAUUUCAAGCUUUCGCUUUGAAAAGUAGUGCAAAAUGCUCCAAAUUUUGCGGGGAAUCCGAAAUAUAUUGAAAAAAAAAAUUAAGACAAUAUCUUGCGGACCUCGAAUAUCAUUCACUUUCAAAUUGGGAUGCUUUGGUGACUCAGGUGAAUGCACAUUAUGCCUACCAAAGAAACACAAUAAUAGUGCCAGCCGCAUUCAUAGCCUUUCCACAAUUCGUUCAAAAUUCACCAAUCGCCAUAAAUUAUGGUGGAAUUGCGUCGAGUUUGGCGCAUGAAAUGACACACGGAUUCGAUAGUCAGGGAAGAUUUUAUGAUGAUUAUGGAGAGAAAUUUGAUUGGUGGGAUGAAUUGACAAGUAAAGAAUAUGAUAUUAGAUCACAGUGUUUUAUUGAACAAUAUGAUUUGGAAGUUGAAAAUAAAACUGGGCUGAAUUUUGAUGGAACUUUGACACUUGAUGAAAAUAUUGCGGAUAAUGUUGGAGUCAAAAUUGCAUGGCUCGCUUAUAAAUCUCAAAAAACCUUGGAUAAUCGGAAGUUACCUAAACUUGAGAAAUACACAAGUGAUCAACUAUUUUUCAUUUCUUAUGCUGAUGUGAGAUUCAGAUUUUCUCCUGAAUCUUUAUUUAAUUUUUUUCCGAAAUUUCAGGCGACUUGUCUUUCUGCGGAUGCAGUUUCUCGAAAAGACGCAAUGCAAAAUGCUCACACAUUUGGUGCAACUCGACUAAAUGUUCCUCUUCGAAAUUUUCCGAAAUUUGGGGAAGUUUUCAAAUGUAAAAUUGGAUCGGGAAUGAUGCCAAAUGAAAAUGAAACGUGUCGAAUUUGGUGA